CGGCGGAUCCCGUCUAUACCCCAUGGUCCUUUUGGAGUCCCCAGUAUCCUCUACGGACUAGGAGAAAAGGAUUUGCCGGUAGGUAUUAAAAUCCUAUUAUUUAGCAUAAAAUUUCCCUUUUCCCCAGCGCCAUAGGUGGUUUAUUUAGUCAUCUUUUUUCUCUCCAUUUGAUCUAUUGGAUCUUGGUGAAUCCAAAUGAAUAAAUUACCCCAUAGGCUGCUUUCCCUUGCGCCAAGUUGUGUCUCUUACAUACCACAAUUUUUUUUUUGCCUUAUACCCUAUACAGCAUACAGGGGCUGUGUUAUAUAGUAUACAUCAUACAGGGGCUACGUUAUACAGCACACAGAGCUGCCUUAUACACUAUACAUCAUACAGGGUCUACAUUAUACAGCAUACAGGGCUACAUUAUACACUACAUCAUACAGGGCUACACUAUACAUCAUACAGGGCUACAUUAUACACUAUACAUCAUACAGGGCUACACUAUACAGCAUACAGGGCUGCCUUAUACACUAUACAUCAUACAGGGUCUACAUUAUACAGCAUACAGGGCUACAUCAUACACUAUACAUCAUACAGGGCUACACUAUACAUCAUACAGGGCUACAUUAUACACUAUACAUCAUACAGGGCUACACUAUACAGCAUACAGGGCUGCCUUAUACACUAUACAGCAUACAGGGGCUACAUUAUACAUCAUACAGGGUUACACCCUGCCAUCUGACCCUUUCCCUCCUGUGCUAUACAUCAUACAGGAGACAAAAUUCUAGAGCUAAUUGCGAUAAUGACAAGGGAUAACCUGGAUAUUGUCAAAUGAAUACCGUGAUUGCAUAAUUCUAGAAGCCAUGGAAAUGGAGAACGAUGGGCUGGAAUGUGACACCGUGACGCGGCCCACAAACCUACUCAUCACCUGCACCAACACAGAGACCCGGCCGGGGGAGUCAGAUCUGGAGGAUGCGGCACAGCAGCAGGUGUCCACCCUCACCGAACAAUACCACUUUAUCGAUCAAAACGGACAUGGCAUUCGCUAUGAGAUUCAGGCUGUGUCUGGCACCAGCCCACGGAUGAUGAUCUUAACCAAUGAGUGUGACAAUGGACAGGUGUAUCAUGUCAUUCCUUCUCCGCAGUCAGGAACAGCCCAGCUGCUCAUCCCUCAGGGGAUCGAGCCUGUAGAGCACAACCAGCCCAGCGACAACCGAGAGACCGGAACAGAUAGUGCUGCGCCAGAAAACACAAGCAGCGUAAUCAUUCACUCCAACACCUCACUCGCCGUGUCAAAGAAGUCACCUACCAGGUGGAGUGUAGAGCAGUUUCAGAAACCUCUUCAGCCGCUUCCUCCCAACAUUCCCGUCUGGGCACGUCGUCUCAGGAACUGUGAGAAGCUCAGGUACUGUAAGGUGCAGACUUUUGUACUUAUCGCAAACUCCAUUGGAAAUUUGUCUGUUUUACUUGUAGGAAGCCGAGCGAUUGUGAUGGAAUGUCAGUACGGGCCACGGAGGAAAGGAGCACAGCCCAAAAAGGGCAGUGAGAGCGACAAUAUUAGUGGGCAGCUGUACAAAGCCACAUGUCCAGCGAGAAUAUACAUCAAAAAGGUAAAGAAAUUCCCUAAUUACAGAGUUCCUACAGAUCCAAAGAUUGACAAGAAACUAAUUAAAAUGGAACAAGAGAAAGCGUUUAACUUACUAAAAAAGGAUUUGGACGGAAUAGAGGGAGUCUUAAGGUGGUAUGUCCAGUUACCUGACCAGGAAGCUCACCAGUAUCACAGUCUGGAUGGAAGUUGUUUCUCUCCCUCACCUGCCCCAUUCCAGCCGGUCACUGAGGAGGAAGAGGAGAUGCUGUGUGAUGAGGGCUCUGGGCAGCUCUCCCGCCUUCACCCUUGUGUAGCUGAUAAGAUCCGGGAACUGGUGUCUGGAGGAAUGGAGGAGGUGUAUGCUGUCAGGAAGCAGCUAAGGAAAUUUGUGGAGCGAGAGCUCUUCAAACUAGAUGAAAUUCCUGAACGACAUAACCUGUCCUACUUCCCAACCGUGAAUGACCUAAAAAACCACAUUCACGAGGCACAGAAAGCUCUGGGAAAUGCAGAACUCAUCUAUGAUCAAGAAGCUAUCCCAGGAGCAGUCAGAGAGGUCUAG